AUGGCCCAGCAACCGAAUGACAAUGUGAUGCGGAGGAAGCUUGUGAUAAUUGGAGAUGGUGCCUGCGGCAAGACCAGUUUACUCAGUGUUUUCACCCUUGGUUACUUUCCAACACAUUAUGUCCCGACGGUAUUCGAAAACUACGUGACCGAUUGCCGAGUUGACGGCCGCUCAGUACAAUUGGCUCUUUGGGAUACAGCGGGCCAAGAAGACUACGAGCGGUUGCGACCGCUAGCGUACUCGAAAGCGCAUGUCCUGCUGAUCGGAUUCUCCGUGGACUCGCCAGAUUCUUUAUCCAACGUGAAACACAAGUGGAUUGAAGAAGCGAACGAGCGAUGCCCCGGUGUUCCCAUCAUCCUGGUCGGGCUCAAGAAGGAUCUCCGCGAAGAUCCCUUGGCCAUUGAAGAAAUGCGCAAGAAGUCGCUGAAGUUUGUGACGACCAAAGAAGGCAACGAGACCGGGACACAGGUCGGCGCUCGCAAAUAUCUCGAAUGUUCCUCUUUGACCGGCGAGGGUGUCGACGACGUGUUCGAAGCCGCUACCCGAGCCGCACUCCUCACCUUUGAUAAGCGGAAAAGCUCCUGCUGCGUGGUUCUCUAA